CACGUCUGUGGUGGCAUCACAGAGCACAGACCCGCAUAUAUGACAUACUAUAAUUCGAGGGGUUUGUGGAUGCAUGCCAGAGCGAGCUAAAAGCAGAUUCUGAGAUACCCUGGACAGCGCACAUUCUGUCUCCUCGAGCCCACCUCUCUCUCUCCAGGGUAACGUGCCUCACAAUCUCAACGCUAUUUGACCUUCGCAGUACAAAUUACAGGGCUUUCUACAUCCAGCAAAAAGAGAUGCCUGCUACAUAAAAGAAACAAGAAUGAGCCAUCAAGAGGGAUAGAGAGCAGUUGCAUCGCAAGAACCAUUUACAAAGUUUGGACGAGCGGUUAAACGCGCUUUUUUACUUCCUGUUUGAAGACAGAGACUCCAGGGUACGAGGAUGGCUCCUGUUGGACUCAUAUCUCCCCACCCUCUCCCUCACCAUCCUUUACCUCCUCACAGUAUACCUGGGAUCAAAAUACAUGAGGAACAGGCCAGCAUACUCACUCAAGGGGGUCUUACAAGUGUACAACUUCUCUGUGACCAUGCUCUCCCUGUACAUGCUGGUUGAGCUCGUCUCGGCAACCUUGUCGGCAGGCUACCGUCUGCAGUGUCAGGGACUCCACGAGGCAGGGGAGGCGGACCUCAGGGUAGCCAAGGUGCUGUGGUGGUACUACUUCUCCAAGGUGAUUGAGUUCCUGGACACCAUCUUCUUUGUGCUGCGGAAGAAGAACAGCCAGAUCACCUUCCUGCACGUUUAUCACCACGCCUCCAUGUUCAACAUCUGGUGGUGUGUUCUGAACUGGAUCCCCUGUGGACAGAGUUUCUUUGGGCCGACUCUUAACAGUUUCAUCCAUGUGUGUAUGUACUCCUACUAUGGCCUGUCCACAAUACCCUCCAUGCAGAAAUACCUCUGGUGGAAGCGCUACCUGACUCAGGCUCAGUUGAUCCAGUUUAUACUGACCAUCACACACACCCUGUCUGCAAUCGUCGUCCCUUGUGGUUUCCCCGUUGGAUGCCUGCUCUUCCAGUUCUCCUACAUGGCCACCCUCGUCAUCCUCUUUGUCAACUUCUACGUCCAGACCUACAGAAAAAGAAGGCCAGAAGAAUCCACCAAGUCCAGUCGCCCAAAUGGCCACUCUGUCUCCACCAAUGGCACCAGCUUCAAGAAGAGAAAGUAGUAUUUGGACCUGGUUGUCAAGACAACGACCUACUUCAACAACCACCAGAAUCUAUACAUGUCGUGACACUACUGCUAAAAUGCUCCAAAACAGGGAUAAGUUUCAGUAUGCAUGUUAUGUAUAGAAACCUUUGUACUUAAUUUUUGUAUUAAAUUCUUUAUUUGGUUUCCUUGGAGCUUGACAACAUAUGCGUAACAUACUGUACGUACAGGAAUGAUGCGCUCAUUUCCUUUGCGCUUUCAAUUGCUGAAAUGCAAGUGUGAAAACUCCAUCCAUUCCUGACCACGCAGUAACCUAUGCAAUUCAUAGUUUAUAUUCUCACAGUGUAAAAACCUGAAUACAAUCAGCAAUUUCCACAAUACUUUGACAUAAUUUACAUUGCUAUUGCUUUAUUGAAUAUAGCCCAUGUGUACAGUGUGUACUCAUCAAAAAUAUCAGUCCAGAGCAUUCACUGAAAUCAUUGUUAAACUAAAGAUGCCUUAGAAACACUGCAGAUCCUUAUACCUAAUGUAUCACAAUGUAUUUGAAUGUCUUCGUUUACGGGUACAACAUGUGCUGGUAAACAUGACUGGGUGACUGGGUCUUUAGAAAAAGCAAUAUUGAACAGGCUUUCCUGACGACUUUGGUAGACUUUAUACAUUGAGAAAUGCAACCACUGAUCAAUAUCUUUGAAUGGCUAUCGGCAAACAGACAAAAUAAAAGUACUUCAAAAAAAUAAAUGAGCAUGGUCUGCCUUGGUCUAUGGCGACGAACCACAUCCCUGAAAUUCAUUAGCUAUGACCUUUUAGCUAUGGAUGUGUUAGCUACUAGCUAUGGAUGUGUUAGCUACUAGCUAUGGAUGUGUUAGCUACUAGCUAUGGAUGUGUUAGCUACUAGCUAUGGAUGUGUUAGCUACCAGCUAUGGAUGUGUUAGCUACUAGCUAUGGAUGUGUUAGAUACUAGCUAUGGAUGUGUUAGAUACUAGCUAUGGAUGUGUUAGCUACCAGCUAUGGAUGUGUUAGAUACUAGCUAUGGAUGUGUUAGAUACUAGCUAUGGAUGUGUUAGCUACCAGCUAUGGAUGUGUUAGCUACUAGCUAUGGAUGUGUUAGAUACUAGCUAUGGAUGUGUUAGAUACUAGCUAUGGAUGUGUUAGCUACCAGCUAUGGAUGUGUUAGCUACUAGCUAUGGAUGUGUUAGCUACUAGCUAUGGAUGUGUUAGCUACUAGCUAUGGAUGUGUUAACUAUUAGCUAUUAUUGUGUGUAUUUUGAAGAAUGCCAGAAAAAAAGAUGAGCGAGAUUGCUUGUGUGAGAACUGUGAUCACGGUCUAUGAACCAUUAUGCGUAUCUGUAUGACGUCACCGCCAGGGUCCAAGGUGGUGAGUGUUUCAACAGGAAGUGGAGGGUCUUGUCCUCUCUUUCCUUUGUCACCAACUCAUUGGAGGUUCCUGUGGAGAGGAAGAGAGGAUAAGUCAUCUUAAAAAGAGAGAGUUUACUUACUUUAUUUUUGAUUUACCGAUGUGGUUGUCGUUUCAUAAAAAAUAUUUAAAAAUGA